AUGAGCAAAGCCAAUGGAGGUCCAAAGAUGACUCCUAUAUCGAAGGAUGACAGUCGAGAUGAAGUGAAAGGCUCCAAGAAGAGCUACGAUGCAUCGAGACCACGUCGACAUCUCGGUCACUUCCUCUUUCACAGCUGCACGGCUGGACAGAUGCUUAACGGAUUCUUGGGCCUAAACGCCAUAGCACGGGACAACAAGGUCGAAGCUCAAUAUGGAGGCUUCUUGCAAUACCUCACUAUUGUAGGACUAUUCAUCUCUAUCACUGCCAUGCUAUUGUCAAGCAUGAAAGACCUCGUCCCAUCGCUGCGUAAACUACAUCGAAUCAAGAGGGGGUUGCUUUUAUUUGCCCUUCCAGUGGAAAUCGUGAUCGCUUCAAUCUAUUGGCCACUGGCCAUCUUCGCUCCCAGUCUGAUGUUCCCCAAGAGCCCAGAGGAUGUUUCGUCACCCGUCCCUUCUUCAGUUCCCGCGACCGACUUGCUGUUCAAGAUUCCUCUUAACAUGGACCUAUCGAUGCAUGCUUUACCCGCUUUUGCGUUGCUUUUUGAUUUCUUCUUCCUCGAGAAGAAAUACACCCCUCCAGCAUCUACUAUCGGAGCACCGCUCCUCGCCCUUACAUUCGGGACGCUCUACGGCGUCUGGGUGGAACACUGUGCCACCAUCAACGGCAAAUUCCCUUACCCCUUUCUCAACGUGAUGGACUUCAUUCCUCGGGUCAUACUGUACAUCACGGCGACCUUCGGAUCGCUCUUUGCAUUCUGGGGACUGAACGGGCUUCAUGAGUAG